AUGGGGGAGAGGAAGGUUUUGAACAAAUACUAUCCUCCUGAUUUUGAUCCGGCCAAGCUUCCUAGAGUAAGAAGACCUAAAAAUUUACAGAUAAAAGUUCGGAUGAUGCUUCCCAUGAGUAUUAGAUGCAAUACCUGUGGGAAUUACAUUUAUAAAGGAACAAAAUUUAACUCAAGAAAGGAAGAUGUUAUCGGCGAGACAUAUCUAGGAAUCCAAAUUUUCAGAUUCUAUUUUAAAUGCACCCGGUGCUCUGCCGAACUUACUAUGAAGACUGAUCCGCAGAAUUCAGAUUAUAUUGUCGAGUCUGGUGCGACUCGAAAUUUUGAACCUUGGCGGGCAGAGGAUGAGGAAACUGAUGAAGUGAGGAAGAAAAGGGAAGCUGAAGAAAUGGGAGAUGCUAUGAAGUCCCUAGAGAAUAGAACCUUGGAUUCUAAAAGAGAGAUGGACAUCCUUGCUGCACUGGAUGAAAUGAAGUCAAUGAAGUCCAGGCAUGCAACUGUCAGUGUUGAUGAAAUGCUUGCAGCCUUGCAACGGACAGCAGCAGACAAGGAGAAAAGAAUUGAAGAAGAAGAUGAAGCCCUUAUAAAAUCAAUUUUCUCUAAUAGUUCAGAAGUUUCGAUCAGCCGAAUUCGCGAUGAAGAUUUUGAAACUGAGGAGGAAUUGUUUCAGUUUUCAAGUGGACAUGACGAAGCAUCCAAUAAUAAUCCUAAGAGGCAAAAAAUAUCUGAAGAUGAUCUUCCAGGAAAAGCAACUGACACAUUGACAAAAGCCAGUUUGGAUGACUCCGGCAAAGAAGAAAAAGUGAGCAGCAGUCGAGGAAAGCCUAAUCCAUUGGUGACUAUUUCCGUUAUCAAGAAACCAGAGACCACUAAUGUUAAAAGCCCUGCAGAACCCAAAGAAAUGGAAAAAAAGGAAGAUGAUACAACAAAUGCUACUACUGGACUACUUUCUUUAUUCCAAAGUUAUGGAAGCGACGAUGAUUAG